AGGACGGCCAAACGGGCGAACUGAGAGAUACGAGCCGGAGGUCUGCGCCAGAAACGUAUCCCCGAGAUACAGCGAUAGGCAAAUUAGUAAUAAUUAAAGCACUGCGUGACGGCCCAUUCGUCCGCUUUCACCACCCACCUCUCGCCCCUUGGCCGGCCCGUCUAACUCUCUCUCUAAUUUUUCGCUAAAAAUUUAUAAUAAACCAAAGGAAAUAAUUCUCAAAAAAAAAAAUCAUUGUAUCUGUGUAUCGGAGAAUCGACUAAAAAGAGGCCGCCGCCAUGUGCGGUCGUCGUUUGGCGCUCUCGCAUCUCAGCGGGCGAAAGACGACGCAACUGCUGUGACCUUGCAAUGCCCUUGAAUGACACUCUUAUUGCGACCAAGUCGCCAACGUUGCCACUACAACGGGCGCUGCUGCCACGGCUGCCUCUCACCGCUGGCUAAAUAAAUAAUAAUAAUAAUAAUAAUAGUAAUAAAUUAAAACUACUUGCAAAAAAAAAAAAAAAAAUAAGUAAAUAAACAAAAACACGACGCCGAAUAAAUGUUAAAAUUUUUAUUGAAUUCAGAAAAUUUUCGUCAGCCUUCGUGGUUCAAAAGCCGAGCAAUCCCGACGGGUCCUUAUCACACAGCCUUAACCCAAAUCAAAACGAGUGUGUGGUUAACAGAAACGAAACCAAUAGAGAAAUAUAAAAAAUUAAUAAAAUUAAAUUAAAUAUUCGCGAAAAGAAAUUCGGCAAGUAAAGCGAAACAUAUCUGAGAAAUCCGCCGAGAAAGUGUUAUCUAACUAUAGCGCCCCCCCCCGGCGGCCAGGUGCUUUUCUGUGUGUGUGCGAAAGUGAAAGUUCUCGACUGGCCGACUAUAUCCUUCGGUAACCUUUCCCUCCAAACACUGGGUCACCUCCCACAUAAACGGCUUCCGGGCACGCAAUAACUAGAACUACGAGUAUAUAUAUUUAUACCCCCCAAAAAUAUAUAUUAUAGUAUAUGUAGGCGUUAUUUAUGCCACGACUUUUGACAACUAAUUUUUUUUAUUGGUUCGCCGACGAGCGCUGCUAAAGGCCAAAAAGGAAACGCCUUGGAAUAAUAUAAAAACAUCAGAUAUUCCGCCAAUCGACUGCACCAGGCACAACACAAGUGUGGUGACGUGACGUAAAUGAACGAUCCCGGCGAUAUACCACUGACACACACAAGCACGCCGGACAGCAGGCCGCCCUGCAGCAUUAUUUCCAUCAUACCAACCAUAGGGAUGUCCUCAUGCCGGGGAAGAGCCGAGGCCUUCGCACGGAGUCUGUCCUCCAAGCUGCGCACCUUGGGAUCACAGACAACCGAGGAAGGCGAGGGCAAUGCCGAAGAUGAGCCCAUUAUUAAUGGCACCAGCACGAACACGUGGGUCAACUCGCAUGACUCCGAACAGACAGUAAUGGACCUUCAGCCCCUGCGCCACGAGUCCGACUCCUUCUUUGACUUCGACUGCGAGCUGGAAUCGCCCGGGAGUCCUGUGGAUGAGUGCGAGUACCUGCGUCUAAUCGAAACCGCCUCAAAUACGCCACACAACUCAACGGCGGAAUCGGGUUACGCCUGCGCUUCAGUGGCCAGCAGUCACAGCAGCAGCACCGAUGGUCCCUACUUCGAUGCAUCCGCUUCGGGUUCGGGUUACGCUUCCACAUCCACAGCAGCCGCUGCCCAGGAGCCAAAGCUGCCGGCCUCGGACCUCAAAGAAUAUGUGAAUACCAUACAGUUGAACGGCAGUCACGAGCUUGUGAAUGGAGUGCCGGAGGAGCAGCCACCUAGCCAGGAUGUGGUUCACGAGGAUGAGGCUUUUCUGCAGGCUCAGAUCCUCAGUGAACUUCAGCAGCAUAGCUUCAGUUUGAGGGCACAGGAUCAGACUAAGCCCGAGGAGGAGAAUCUUACCAAUGGCCAUCUUGGGGAGGAGUUGGAGCAACUGGAACUCAAGGGGUUGACGGAAGUCCUGGACGUAGCUGGUACUACAAACAGAGUUCCAGAGAGAGAAAGAGAGAAAGAAGUCCCAACCGAUAGGGUUCAAGAGGCAAUCACCACAGAAAGAACUCACGAGGAAAUCACCUGUGAGAGAGUGGAACCAGAAAGUAGCCUUGAGAGGGUUCAAGACGAAGCCGCCAACGAAAGGGUUCAAGAGGAAAUCGCCACUGAAACCCCCAAUGACAGAACCGCCACAGAAGACUCAAUCUUCCCCGAUCGAACCCUCCAGGAUGAGGAACUCUCGCCCGACAGUGGUGUAGACGAGACAGACAAGUCGGCCAGCAAUCUCACCGUAAAUGUGGAACUGGCACAAAUCGAACAGGCCAAACAAGAUGUGGACAAGGCUGUGGAGAAGAGUGGUGGACACAGUCACGGCAUAGAUACCACUGAUGAUGAGGAUGACUGCAGACCUCAGCGGAUCAGGCGCUGUUCUUCACUGAAGACGGGAAAGACACCGCCUGGAACCCCAGGACGAAAGAAGAUUGUGAGAUUCGCUGAUGUCCUGGGCUUGGAUUUGGCGGAUGUAAAGACCUUCUUGGAUGAGAUACCCACCAUACCGAAGUCGGCGUUUGAGGAUCUGGAGAUACUGGAGUCGGAGCCACCUCUACAGCUGGGUCCCAAGUCGGAUAAGCUGCUGAUGCCCCUGUUCCAGCAGCCAGGUGGCCUGGCCAAAUUCCUCGAUGCGGUCAGGGAGAAGCAGGUGUCGCUGGAGAACGCUGCCGUAUCGGAUAACAUAAACCAAACGAUAUCCGGUUCGGUACGCGUGCGAAAUCUCGAUUUUCACAAGUCGGUGCACAUAAGGUAUUCGCUGGACGGCUGGAGGAGCUAUGCCGACCUGCAGGCCAACUACGUGGAGAACUCCUGCGAUGGCUUCUCUGACAAAUUCACCUUUGUGCUGUUUGGCAACUCGCUGCAUGUGGGCCAGCGGCUGGAGUUUGCCGUGAGGUUCCAGUGCAAGGGCCAACAGUUCUGGGAUAACAAUUAUGGGGCCAACUACUGCUUCCAGUGUCUGCCCAGCUCUACACAUGCCACCGGCAGCACGACGGCAUCGCCACCGUCUGUGGCGACUGGCGCCGUAACCUCCGGCCAUAGUGCCAGUCUGGUCGGAAUGCUAAGCCCCACGGCGGGCGAUGCCUGGUGCAGCUCCUUCUACUAAGCGGUGGCAUUGGGUCCGCACUAAAGGCACUAGAAUCCAUCUCAUCAUCAGCCCCCAAUGACACGACACCAAGGUCGGGGACGCAUCCCAGUCCUUGACGUUGUGUGUGUCCUAAAAGUCCCCUCCUAAAGAAAUCGAAUUCCCUAGAUCAAGGACAGAGAGAUCGGAAUUGUCACCCCCUCAUCCAGCUCCCUCUUUGUUAGGGUGUAUCGAUUUGAAGAAACUAAAAUUUCAGGUGGGAAGAAGUAAUAUGUGAAAGGAAUAUUAAUUUUAUUUUACAUUUUCUUACUUUUUUACAAAUUAAAAGGCUUUAAAUAAUUAUAGAAACAUUAUUUGAAGCCUAGAUAACUUGAUAAAUUCUACGAAAAUGUAAAAUAACAAUUAAUUUAAGCAAAAUUCAAAAAGUUAUUUGUUAAAAGUAAGUUCAGCAGGCAAUUAAAAAUUUAAGAAUACGAAAAUAAUACUUAUUUCUGAAAAUAAAACUAAAAUUGCAAAUUUAAUUGCCUGGAAAUAAUAUAUUAAUAUAAUGUAACUGUUCAUCAAUUACUUACUUGCCCCUGAAAUUUAUAUAGUUUUUUUAAACACCAAAAAAUCGAUACACCCUGCCCUUCCAAUAAAAUGGAAAAGAAUUGUUUAUAUUUUUAUAAUGGAGUGGACAGGCUAGAGAAGGGGUAGAGGAGCUGUUAAAGCUGUUAAAGCUGCUAAGGAGCGCCACAACAAUAACUAAAAAAAAAAAUCUACAAACCAGAGUAGUGCGAACAAAAUGAAGAGCCAACAGAGUUCGAAUGAAUCCCAAAGAUAGUUGUUAGUCGUAUCUUAUAAGAAGAGCAAGUGAUAACAAACUAAAAAUCUGAUGAGUUUCUUCAAUGUUUUCUUCUGUUUUUCAGUUGCAGCCUCAAUUUUAACUAUGGUUUCUUCCCAGGUUUGUUUGUUCACAGUUGGAUAGGGUUCGGUUUGGGGUUUCAAAAGGUUGGGUUUCUGCCAGUUUUAUGUACAUGUACAGAAACAAUUCUUUUGUGAAAAGAUUAACUGCAGUUAAUCGAAAGUUCAGCAACAGUUCUGCAAAAUAUACAUACAUAUUUAAUGAGCUUAGCACCAUUAAUUCACUCUUUGUUUGGUAAGAGCGAUUAGACGAUCGGCUCGUUCGUUUUAUAGAUCCAUUUGAGCACUGAAACCGAGUCAAAAGUUAACUAUAACUAACCAACAACAUCCAUUAUCUAGUCAAUUUGAGUUUACUUUUGAGAGACCUUCAUGGCCAGUCCCAUGAUCUUCGUUCCCCGACUGAGAACCUCGUCCAACCAUCUGACAAGACACACAAACCUCCGCUUUUGUUUCGCCUAAAUGUUGAUAUUUUUCUGUUUUUUGAUUUUUUUUCAAAUACUUUUUAAUUAUAAUUUAAAUGAUUUAAAUAUUUUUUAUGUAUAUGUUGAUGCGUA